CUCUCAACCGUCUUCCGAGUCCGCACUCUGUACUCGCAACGGCACUCGACACACCACAAACACCAAUAUGGGCGCGGUUCAGAGUGACAACGCGAACCUGAGCAAGUCUGAACUCGUGAUGAAGAUAAAGUCACGGCUGAACAAGCUCGACACCGCCAAAGCAAAGGAAGUGGGAGGCGUCUUCCUGUUUAACAUCAUCAAAGGCACAUCUGUUUACAGCUGGACGUUAGACCUGAACCAGGUGACGGCAUACGAGGGUGAACCGGCAGAAGACCCAGACACCACGUUUACCUUAAACGAACACUAUUUCAAGCAGCUGGUGACUGGCAAAGAAGACGCGAGGGUCAUCAUGCAGGCUGGCAGGUGUUCCGUCACGGGAGACAUCAUGCGUGCUAUGAAACUUGAACCCUAUAUUAAGCUUGGUUAGAUUUAAAUUCCAUUAACUAUCUUAGGUUUAAAGAUAGUACCAUCAACGAAUUUUAUAUGAACUUCCAGUUUAUAAGACAUCCACCAAUUUAAAUUACGAUUAAUUGUUAUUUAACUUAAUUUGGGUAAGAACGUUGGUUA